AUGGCCCAUAUCAAUAAUAUAGUGAAUGCGCCCGCGCCGGGCAUCGGAUACUUUACGCCAGCGCAGAACCCUCCAGCGGGUACCGCCCUCGAUCCCCAGCCAGAUGGAAAGCCCAUCCCGAAGCUCUUCCAGCCGUUGAAGAUCCGCGGUGUUGAGUUCCAAAACCGCAUCUGGCUUUCUCCUCUGAGCCAAUACUCUUCUGAGGAUGGCAAGGUGACUGCAUGGCAGCUCGCCCACUUGGGCGGGAUCUUGACCCGUGGCCCUGGUCUUACCGUCGUCGAAGCGACCGCUGUCGUCCCUGAGGGCCGUAUCACCCCUCAAUGCGCGGGCAUCUGGUCCGACGAGCACAUCGAGCCUUGGCGCAAGAUCGUUGAGUUCGCGCACUCGCAGGGCCAGAAAGUCGCCAUUCAGCUUGCCCAUGCUGGCCGUAAGGCCUCCACUGUUGCCCCCUGGCUCCACUUUCACUUAGCUGCCCCAGAGAUCGACGGUGGCUGGCAAAACGAUGUCUAUUGCCCCAGUGCGCUCGCCUACGACGAGAAUUCUGCCCAGCCGAAAGAGCUUACCAAAGCGGACAUUAAGCGUGUCGUGCGGGCAUUCGCAGACGGUGCGAGGCGUUCCCUCCGUGCUGGCUUUGACGUGAUCGAGAUUCACGCUGCGCACGGAUACCUCCUAAGCGAGUUCUUUGCACCCUCGGUCAACAAACGUACCGAUGAGUAUGGAGGAAGUUUCGAGAACCGUAUACGUCUGCUUGUCGAGGUUGUCGACGCCAUUCGCGCUGUAAUACCGCCCACGAUGCCUUUGUUCGUCCGGAUCCCUGCCACGGACUGGUUGCAGGCCGUACUGCCCAAUGAGUCGUGGACUUUGGAUGACACACUGCGCCUCACGCCUGUCCUCGCAGAGCACGGGGUCGAUUUGCUCGACGUGUCGAGCGGCGGUGUCCACCCCCGCCAACAAUUUUCAUUGGCGUCCCUCCUCGACCAUGAUGACAAGGACCGCAAGAUGACGGGCCUCUUUCAGGUGCCGCUCGCGCGCGCCGUCAAACAGGCGCACGGAUCGAAGAUCUUCGUUAGUGCCGUCGGUGGUAUCACUAAUGGUCAUCUUGCCCAGGCCAUUCUCGACGAGGACUCGGCAGACGUGGUCUUCGUUGGUCGCUAUUUCCAGAAGAACCCUGGCCUUGUCUGGUCGUUCGCGGAAGACCUGGGCGUGGCGCUCAGACAGGCGCGGCAGAUCGAGUGGGGCUUCACUGGGCGCGGUAUUGGACAGAAGGCCGCCACUUCCACAAAGGCGUGA